GACUACAGUAUGGAGGGCAUGGACGAAGAGCUGCAGACGUUCCUGCAGCAUCUGCGAGAGUUUGGCUUUGUUUUCUUGAGAAGAAGAAGUUCAGGAAGAUUUUACCCCACCAGACUAGUGCUGAACAUCACCAGUGGGGAGAAGAAGAUGCUGGACGAAGAGAUCGACGGUAACCUCGUGGUCGAGACGAACUCCCGCGUCUACGCCUACAGCCCCACGGCCCUCCAGGUCUCCCUCCUCGCCAUCUUCUGCGACAUCGAGUGCAGAUUUCCGAACAUGGUGGUUUGCAGCAUUAGCAGACAGAGCGUGAGAAGGGCGUUCUUGAAAGGCAUCACCGCCGAGCAGAUAAUCAACUACCUCAAACUGCACGCCCACAAACAGAUGACCAAGUGCACCCCUAUCAUCCCCAAGACGGUGUCUGAACAAAUCCAGCUGUGGGAGCUGGAAAGGGAGCGGCUGGAGUACUCGGAAGGUGUGUUGUACAAGGACUUUAUCCUCCAGCAAGACUAUUCCCUGCUCGCCAACUACGCCAAGAGCCGCGGUGUGCUUAUCUAUGCUGAUAGCAAAAGCAGAACUUUAGUCGUGUCGAAAAAAGGCAAUCCCGUCGUGAAGCAAUUCUGGAAAGAGACUCAAAGCAAAUAGUACCAGUUUCCUAUAGCAGCUUAUUCAGUUAAAUGAAGCCAAAUGUGAUAUUAGUGUUGCAGUCUGUUAAUUAAUUGAUGGCCCUGAGGCGGGCUACAAAGCACGUAUUACUGGAAGGAAUAAGUUACCAAUGAAUAAACAUUUACGAGAA